CUCUCUCGGCCGCUGUGUUAACCAGACCGUGGGCGUCAGCGCGCCUUCGGGUUUCAUUUCUUCUCUGCAAAAGUUAAAAAAAAAGUCUACUCGAAAGCUUCCUGUUCACUGCCUCAUCCGGCCACGUGUAUAAUAACGCUGGGUGCUUUGGAGACGGUCCGCGUUUCUGCUCGGAUCCCACUGCAGUAAUCUCAACUCCUGCAACCUUUGAGGUGCAAGGAUGCCUCCGGCAGUGGGAGGACCACAGGGGCACGUUCCUCCGGAUGGUGGAUGGGGCUGGGCCGUGGUGCUUGGAUCCUUCAUCUCCAUUGGAUUCUCCUACGCUUUUCCCAAAGCCAUCACCGUUUUCUUCAAAGAGAUCAAGGAUAUCUUCAGUUGCACUGACAGCCAGGUGUCAUGGAUCUCUUCCAUAAUGUUGGCAGUGAUGUACGCUGGAGGUCCUAUCAGCAGUAUCAUGGUGAACAGGUAUGGUAGUCGGCCCGUGGUGCUACUGGGUGGAUUGCUGGCGAGUUCAGGCAUGAUCAUCGCUUCAUUUUGCAAUAAUAUUGUGGAACUUUACUUCUGCAUUGGAGUGAUUGGGGGUCUCGGCCUUGCUUUCAACUUGCAGCCAGCACUGACCAUUAUUGGGAAAUACUUCUACAAAAAACGGCCUCUGGCUAAUGGGAUUGCCAUGGCUGGCAGCCCAGUGAUCCUCAGCACACUGGCACCUCUCAACCAAUAUCUUCUCGACAACUACGGAUGGAAAGGGGGCUUCCUGAUUCUGGGCGGAAUCUUGCUGAACUGCUGUGUAGCUGGGGCUCUCAUGCGCCCCAUCAGCUUUCCAUCCACGCCUGCCAUAGUAUCGGAGAGCGUCAAGCACGAGGAGGGAGUGAAUUCUGAGCUCCUGAAGAGUGAGCCAGCACCAAAACGUACUGUCUUCCAAACCAUCAACAAAUACCUGGACCUGUCACUGUUCAAGCACAGAGGCUUCCUGGUCUACCUGUCCGGCAAUGUCAUCAUGUUCUUUGGACUCUUCGCUCCUCUGGUUUUCUUGUCUUCCUAUGCCAAAAAUAUGGGGAUUGGUGAAUAUAAUGCAGCCUUCCUGCUCUCAAUCCUGGCCUUUGUGGACAUGUUUGCCCGGCCAUCCAUGGGACUCAUGGCCAACACCAAAUGGGUGAGACCCAAGAUCCAGUACUUUUUCUCUUUCGCCGUGCUGUUCAACGGCAUCUGCCACAUCAUGAUGCCAUUGGCGUCGGACUACACCGGCCUGGUGAUAUACACCAUCUUCUUUGGCUUUGCUUUUGGCAUGCUCAGCUCUGUCCUGUUCGAGACCUUGAUGGACAUGGUGGGAGCCGUGAGGUUCUCCAGUGCGGUGGGGUUGGUGACCAUUGUAGAAUGCUGCCCUGUGUUAUUGGGACCUCCACUUCUAGGGAUGCUGAAGGAUUCAUACGAUGCCUUUCACUAUGUGUACAUUGCCUGUGGAGUGGUUUUGAUUGUCGCGAGCAUCUACCUGUUCAUUGGCAAUGCUGUGAAUUACUGGCUGUUGGAGAAGGAGAGACGAGAGGAAGAGGGGAAGUCGAAACAUGAAGCGACGAUUGAUCUGAACGAGACCAAUGCGGACACUUCAAAUGCAAACCCCAACGCCCCAGACGGAGGCAGAGAUCAGGACACAGUUAUUUGAGGCUGGGAAGGACCUGUCCGUCUCUUUUACGACAUUUUAAUAUUUUUAGAUUCCUGCCAGCUUUGCUCUUCACUCUUUCACACCCAUGUUUCUGGAGAAAUGCAGUGAAUGAUUGCCGGCGGGUCAAGGUUGGGGAAUAUUUAUUGCGAGGGCAUAAUCACCUGUAAUCACUUUCUCCACCCCUCUCCACUUCCCCUCUCUCUAUAGUCAAACACUCAAAUCAUCCUCCGAUCCCAAUCCUCUGGCAUUGUACUCGAGCCUCGAGCCUAGAACUAAGGGGUGAUUUCCUGGACUCGAUCCAGAGCAAUGGCGAGACUCAACAACAAAAUUACCUUGGAAUUAAAAUAAUUGCAUUUUAAUUUUUUCCUUUGCACCCUUGUAUCGCACACUUGGCGAUAAAGGUGACCGUAGACGGGCAAAAAUGACCGUAUGCCUGGGCGCUUAAAAGGUUUUGUUUUGAAACCUGUCCUAUUAAUAAUUGGCAACAUAAUCCGUUCCGUCUGGAUGGGUAAUGGGGAGGAAUGACAGUGAUUAUGGCCGGCCUGUUGGUGGCCACUGGUGGAUUAUACAUCCCCAAGUCCAGCUAGCUCGUCCACUGUAUCCUGGGUGAUACUGUAGCCUGUAUCCUGGGAUCUGUUGGAGAGGACAACUGGAUGAUUGGGUAGGGAGCGUGGGUGAGCACAAAUAUUCAGCAAAUAGCUGUUUUGCAUUCCUUCCAUUCCAGCUCUACAUUGCUGAUCCAUAAGCUAACUUUGUUACCUUGCACUUGUAUCCUUGUUUCACGCCUUGCCCAAGAGUUGUGGCUGUCCUGGAAACAGGCCAAUCCCACUAACACUCAGAAAAACUAGGUGAUUGCAUUUUGAGCUCGGCGACUCGCUGAAUUCCAAGCAUCUAUUGCAGCCUCUCCCCAAACGCCCGCUGUCUCCUGAGAACAGUCCCACCUCGUUACGCACCUCUUACGUGGGUUCUUAGCGAUGGCUUCAGCCUGACCUGCCCUCACAUUGCUGAGAUUAUUCCCACGCUGUCACCGUGAGCGUCCGUUCUUCCCGCCCCGGGUCAGAAUGGGUCAAUGAUAAAACCAGCCAUAGUAGCAGGGACCCUCGCAGUAUUCAUCACUGAACCCUCAUGGCAAAUGCACCCCCCCCCCCGUAACUGCAAUCGCAGGCUAAUGGGCACGAAUAAGGAAAAUGCUGAAAAUUGCGUUGAAAAAUGAGAAUUGUGCUUUAUUUUUUUAUUUUUAUUUUUAUUUUUUUUCUUUGAUGUAUCAAUCAAUCAAUCAAUCAACCUUUAUUGUCCUCUUGCAAGCAACAGUUGUACAGUGCAAAAUGAAAAGACGUUUCCCAGUGAAUAGCGGAGCAUCGCACAUGAAAUUUAAAACACUUCACACAUAAUAACACUAUGGAACAGUAUAAAUAGUUAAAAGCAGGUAGAAACACAAUGUUAAAAUACAAUAAACCAAUCAUAAAAAUGUCCAGGGCCGCUGAUUUGAGUGGCCAGUGCCAGUUAUUAAAGUGUCCGUGCCAGCCGCAGAAUCAAGUGACUGUGAGUACAGAGUGACUGUUUAGCAGCCUCACAGCCUGUGGUAGGAAGCUGUUUAGCAGUCUUGUAGUCCGGGCUUUGAUGCUUCGAUAUCUCUUGCCUGAUGGCAGGAGAUCCAGGUGUAUGUGGAGGGGGUGCAGUUUGUCCUUAGCAAUUCUCUGAGCUUUCUUCAGACAGCGGCUCUUUAGCCACAUACAAUACUAAAGAAGGAUGUUGGACACAGAGUUGAUUCAGAGUGCAACAGCAAAAUCGAGUUUCAACCAGACUGGGAUUGGAAUCUGUUAAGAAUCCUGGAGCUGGGUGGAGAGAGGAGCCAAGAGUCCCUGGUCGUGGACUGGAAUGUGAGUUGUAGAUAGUGUGGGGGGGGGGGGGGGAGUGGGGGGGGGCAUUAAUGGGAGUUCAUGCACUCACCUUAUCUUGUUAAGUAAUGACCCUGAACUUUAAAGUGUCGACUAUUCACUUAGUCAGAUCAUGGAGUCACAAGUAAGUGAACGCGGUUUGAAUGGAUAACUUUUCUGACCUUUGCUCGUGGAUUGUGAGAUCAUAUUCUCUGCUCUGGUUGGAUGGGUACUUGAAGCCCCAGCAUUGCUGAGUUGCUACUAGGAACACUCAGUCACGUGGAUUUAUAAAGAAACUAGGGAAAUGAUGUGGUCCAACAGAUCUCAGCUGGUGUUUGUGGUCCACACAAACUUCCUCUCUGUCUUCCUCAAUCUUAAUCUUAUCUGAAUAUCCUUCAAUUCAUUCCUCCCUCAAAUGUUUAGCAACAUUUUCCAUUAAUGUGUCCAGACUUCUGAUGCCAGCUAUUGCCUGUAGCACUGGCUUCAGCUCUCUAGUUAAACGAUAUUCUACAGAGUUCUGGUUUGCACAUGCAAGUGACUAUUUUUAUUUAGAGUCUUGGUUUAGUCUCUCCCACAGAGGAUACAUCUUUGUGUCUCACGCCGUGUGGACUUGUUGGGCUGAAUGGCUUCUAAAUAGGUCCGUCAAGUCGACACUGGAUUAGACAUAAAGAUGUGAUUUAAUAAUUUAAUAUUUUGAACUCCCCAACUUUUAAAGACUCUGAGGGUUGAUCUGGGAAAACAACCAAAGGCUGUCAAAUCUUUCUUGAUGGGAAUAAUCCCCCAUUUAGUGUUAUUUUUGUAAAUAGUGCCACCUAUCCAGUGCCUCUCUAUCAAUUUUGUAACAUGGAGAUCAAAAGUACUUCCAUUUGCCAUCAGUCCCAUGUUCAAGCACUUAGCAAAAUAGAAUCAUAAAAUGUUGUACCACAGAUUCAGGCCAAUUGGUCCAUCACAAUAAUGCUGACCCUUUUGUCUAUCUACAUGAAUCCCAUUUGCCUGUAUUAGGUCUGCUUCAUUCUAUACCUUAUGUUGGAAGGAACUACAGAUGCUGGUUUAAACCAAAGAUAGAUACAAAAAGCUGGAGUAACUCAGUGGGACAGGCAGCAUCUCAAGAGAAAAGGAAUGGGACGUUUCAGGUUGAGACCCUUCUUCAGACUGCAGAAGGGUCUCAACCCAAAACGUCACCCAUUCCUUCUCUCCAGAAAUGUUGCCUGUCCCGCUGAGUUACUCCAGCUUUUUGUGUCUUCUAUAGCUUGCCUAUUUAAGUGCCCACCUAAAUCUCUCUUGAAUAUAAUGAUUGUAUCUGACUUCACCACCUCCUCUGGUAGUAAAUUCCACUCUUUCCCCUCAAAUCCCUUUUCCAACUCCUUCCUCUAUCAUUAAACCAGUAGCCCCCAUCAAGGAACAAAGAUCAUGAUUUUCAACCCUAUCUAUGCAUCGUAUCAUUUUGUACACCUUUAUCAGGUCACCCCUCAACCUCCUUUGCUUCAAGGAAACCAAAUGCAGCUAUUCAGUUCCUCCUCCAAUCUAAGCAAUGUCCCGGUGUAUUUUAGCCCUUUUCAAUUCUGCUCCUCUGGAAACCCAUCAUUUAUUGACCACCCCUGACUGGGAUAGUAAUAGUGAGCUGCCACCUGGAACCUCGGCAUUCCCUCUGGUAAAGAUGCUCCCACAGCAGUAUUAGGCGGCAGGUUUCAGGACUUCACCCAGUGACGGCGUGGCAACAGCUUCGGUCAUCGCUGUUUGUAAUCUGGAAGGAAAUUUGCGUGCGUUCUUUUUUUCGUGGCAGUGAAAGUUACAUAUUUUUGAAGUACUGUCACUGAAGUCCUUUCUGAAAACUUUCAACAGCUGAAAAAAAAACUGCAGAAGUUUGAAAUCUGAAAUAAACAAAAAAAGUUCUGGAAAUCCCCAACACGUCACACAGUGGCACAGCGAUAGAGCUACUGCCUCACAGCACCAGAGACUAGGGUUUGAUCCUGACUGUGUGUGCUGUCUGCGGGGAUUUUACAUUCUCCCUGCGACCGUGUGGGUUUUCAUAAGGUGCCCUGGUUUCCUUCCACAUUGUAAAGAUGUGCAGGUUUGUAGAGUUAUUGGUUUGUGUAAAUGUCCCUAGUGUGUUGGAUGCGAAAGUGCGAUAAUAUAGAAAACAAGUGUACACUUAAGCAAUGUGUAGGAAGGAACUGUAGGUGCUGGUUUAAACUGAAGUUAGACACAAAAAGCUGGAGUAACUCAGCGGGUCAGACAGCAUCUCUGGAGAAAAGGAAUAGGUGACGUUUUGGGUCUUCAGUCUGAAGAAUGGUCUCAACCUGAAUUGUCACCUAUUCCUUUUCUCCAGAGAUGCUGUCCGACCCAGUGAGUUACUAUGUGCAAUGGUGUCGGUGGGCUUAAGGGCCUGUUUCCAUGCUGUAUCUCUACACUAAACUAAACAAUGUAAGUUAAUGUGUAACCACAGCAUGACAGUCCAUGGUCACGCUAUAAACAAAGUUAUCUGCUCAGUGAGUGAGUGUGUGAAUGGUAGCAGUGGAAGUGAGAACAAAAGCAAAAGAGUGUAAGAGUUGUCAAUUGCAGAGCAGGAAGAUGUUCCUUGCAGGUCUUGCAGGGCAUGUCUUUCGCUUCCAGAGGGGAAAAAAUAAAAAGGGGAAAUAAUACGAACAAGUUUUACCAAUAUUACAGAUGGGUGGCUGUUACAGAUAAAGAAAUUGCAUUUGAUAUUUGCUACAGAUGUGGCUGCAGUGAGCAUAGUGGUGGAGGCUGUUCACAUUGUGGAUCACGAUGGCUGCUCUGUGCUGCAUAGUAUUGAGUUCUUCAUGUUGUUAAACUUUUACUCUCUGCAAUGGUUUCUUCACUCGGGUCUUGAGUGGCAGCACGAACGCUUUGUCUAAGGGUCCUCAUUCCCACAGCCCAGUCUGGGCAGUAGACUGACUACUCAUUGGGACGUUCUUUGGGAGGUUACUUAUACUGUGCGGUUCACGGGAAUAUCAGCAGUAUUCGUCCUUAUUCCCCAGUGACAUCAGCAAGCUCAACGUAACGCACACUCCGUCCGAUUGUUUAUGUCACAUUCCACGCUACUGUUAUUCACAGCCUAUAUCCCCCAUCUUAACAAUAAUCCCCAUUAUAUCUGCGCAUUUCUUUAAAUGGCCUGUCCCACGAGCAUGCAACUCCAUGCGGCAAGCGCGACCUAAAGGGCCGGUCCCAUCAGCAGGCGCCUGCAUGCGGCAAGCGCGACCUAACGUGGUCGCUUGAGCCGUGCGGCCUUGCGGGGCCGGUCCCACUUCGAUCGCCUGAGCCGUAUGAAUUUGUGCAGAGCUGGUCCCGACAUUGCGCGGGGCUCCGAAAAACUGACUGGGUUCAAAAAUUCCGCGCGGCAACGGCCUGCCGGCCCACAGCCGCCUCAAUGCCGUACGUACCGCCUCGACUUCGCUCGAACUUCACGUCACUCACUCGACCUCCGUGCGUACGGCGUCGAGUCGCUGCAGGCUUUAGGUCGCGCUUGUCUAAUGCUCGUGGGGCAGGCCCUUAACUGUCCCAAAGAUUCUUUGACACUCUUCCACUACUUGUGCGAUGUUUGACUCAGUGAAGUGGGCGAUGGAUAUAUCCGCAUUACUCUGUUUGGUCCAGUGACCUGGUAACCUGAAUGGUUCGAGCCCACAGAUUUGGUCAUCGGUUUGGGUGGUCUGAUGUUUUAGUGUGGAAUGUGACUUCUCUACCUCAUCUUCUCAAAAAAACAAAGCCAGAAGCUGCUGCCUCGCUCUUUCAGAGGUGCAGCCUCAAUAUUCAGUGCCAGUUAUUUUGACAGGGUCUUUGUCCAAUAUUUCAGUUUGUGAAAACCAACGUGUAGAUUAUAUUGUGUAAGAAGGAACUGCAGAUGCUGGCUUAAACCGAAGAUGGACACAAUGAGCUGGAGUAACUCAGCGGGACAGGCAGCAUCUCUGGAGAGAAGGAAUGAAGACCCGAAACUUCACCCAUUCCUUCUCUCCAGAGUUGCUGCCUGUCCCGCUGAGCUACUCCAGCUUUUUGUGCCUGUAUAUUAUAUUUUUGUCUAUGCUUCAUGAAACACUGAAUAAAUAUGAAAUGAACUAUGUGAUGUUGAAUUUAUCGGUAUUCUCUGCUAUCCAGGCACUUUGUUCAAAGGAGAAAUACUAGAGUGUAAAUCUUUAUAAUUACAAAGGCUUUAGAAUUUACUGCAUUUUUUUACAAGGCCAGCAAGGAUUAAGUGAAUUUUAAUAAAGUUUCAUAAUGCUGGAAAGCCUCCAGAAGUUAAUUAGAGAUGUGUUUUAACUUGUUUGUCAUGAAUUUCUGGUGAUGGGCCACUGAUAAAUAAUCUUCAUUUCAAGAACAAAGGAACAUAUGACUGUUUCUAAUGGCACUUAUCCCCCAUCUCCCACUGUUGUGAAUCCAUUUACACCAGCCCACCAACCCCUUGAAAUGAAGUAUCUCCUUUCCCUUUCUGGUAAUCUUCUCCUUCUUAUCCACUACUUCCCUCAUUUUUUUUCUCACCACCUGUUGUCUGACACUUUACUUCCACCAGACCAUACUGAGUCAUCCCUGUAACACACUCCUAUUUAUGCAUGGCCAGGCACUUGACACUUGACUGUUGGCAGAACAGGCAUUGAGACCCAAUUACAAAGUAGGUAAGUGUUCAAAGAUUGUAAAUGCUUGAAAAUGGAAUUGCUCGGUCCAGAGGUUUCUCCACUUUUACAUUAAUUUACCUCCUACUUAGUCAUAGAGUCGGAGAAUGAUUGUGUGGAAACUGGCCCUUCGGCCCAACUGGCCCAUACCGGCCAACAUAUCACAGCUACACUAGUCCCACCUGCGUAUGUUUUGGUCCAUAUCCAUCCAAACGUGUCCUUUCCAUGUACCUGUCUUGGGAAAGUGCCAGCCUCA